CGCUGUUUAAUAAACUUUCCAACUCUCUCUCUCUCUCUCUCUCUCUCCCCCCCCCCCCCUCUCUCUGCAUAUUCCUCGCAUCUGUAGGAAUUCAAAUUCCACAGAAAGUGAGAGGAUUCUAAUUCCCAAUUUCUCAGACGUAAAUCUCAACCGAGAUGCAAUUCUCAUAGAGAAAGAGAGAGAGAGAGAGGGAGGGAAUUGAAUUCCGGUGCCGGUGUUGUGGAUCUGGCGGGAAAGUUCACCGCCCGCGGGACAAAGGGAAUUAUUCGAUAAAUUUUUGAUAAGUAAGCAAUUUAGGUUGGGUAAGUGAUUUGGUUGACUGAAUUUUUAUUUUUGAUGAUGGAAAAGCGUUGGCUUUGUUACUUGGAGUUCUAUUAUGCUGCCGAAUAAGAAGAUCUCAGCUGUAUUCAAUUUUCUGUAGAGUGUGAGAGUUUAGGGGAGCCAAUGAAGAACGGGGUGGUAGAAUGCAGCGUCUGCCAUUCAAAGUUGGUUUCCCCAACCAGCAAAACUGUGUCAAGGGCUUAUGACCGAUACAAGACCAGGGUGUCAUCCAAGCAACGUGCCCUUAAAGUUAUCUUGGUUGUUGGUGAUUGUAUCCUAGUUGGUUUACAGCCUAUUCUGGUUUAUAUGUCCAAGGUGGAUGGGAGUUUCAAGUUUAGCCCAAUUAGUGUCAAUUUUUUGACAGAGGUUGCAAAGCUUAUCUUUGCUAUUGUUAUGCUCUUGUUGCAGGCUCGGCAUCAAAAGGUUGGGGAGAAGCCUCUUCUCUCAAUUUCCACAUUUGUGCAGGCAGCUCGAAACAAUGUGCUUCUUGCUGUUCCAGCACUUCUUUAUGCUAUUAAUAACUACCUAAAGUUCACAAUGCAGCUAUAUUUCAAUCCUGCGACGGUGAAGAUGCUGAGCAAUAUGAAGGUUUUGGUAAUUGCUGUUUUGUUAAAGAUAAUAAUGAGACGCCGGUUUUCCACUAUUCAGUGGGAAGCUCUUGCUCUGUUGCUUAUUGGGAUUAGCGUAAAUCAGUUGCGUUCUUUACCUGAAGGUACCACUGCUUUGGGUCUUCCAGUUGCAACAGGAGCAUACAUCUGCACAGUGAUCUUUGUAACUGUUCCAUCUAUGGCCUCUGUCUACAAUGAGUAUGCUUUAAAAAGCCAAUAUGAUACAAGCAUUUACCUCCAGAACUUAUUUCUGUACGGAUAUGGUGCUAUAUUCAACUUUCUAGGAAUAUUGGGAACUGUCAUUGUCAAAGGUCCUAGUAGCUUUGAUAUCUUGCAAGGUCAUUCAAAAGCUACUAUGCUUCUGAUAGCUAACAAUGCAGCACAAGGAAUUCUAUCUUCUUUUUUCUUCAAAUACGCAGAUACAAUUUUGAAGAAGUACUCAUCAACAGUCGCUACGAUCUUUACGGGCAUAGCAUCUGCUGCGUUGUUUGGUCAUACUUUGACUAUAAACUUUUUGUUAGGAAUUUCGAUUGUAUUCAUCUCAAUGCACCAGUUCUUUUCAUCCCUUUCUAAAGUCAGAGAUGAACAACAAAAUGGGAAGAUAGAACCAAUAGAUGUUCACGAUAACCACAAGUCAAAAGAUUCUUUCAUAAAUAUGGCUGCUGGAGUAAAUGAAGAGGCAACUCAUCGUGUAGUAUCUAAUGAGAGACAGCCACUUCUUCCCACCUAAAGUUACUCUUGGGAACUUUCUUUGAAGAAAUUCUUUUGGCAGGAUUUAUUGGAUGGUACACAUGAUAGUCAGGUUUCCAAUUGUUCAAUAAAAUAAUAAAAAAAGACGUCUACUUUUAUUCCCUUACCUACUUCAUGGGAUUUUCUAGCUGGCUGUAGCUUCUCAAUGAUGAAUUUGGAGUAAUAGAAGCUGGUUGGUGAUCUGGGUUUUUGCUGCUGGAGAUUUCGAUAAGAGACAUUACUGGCUUCCUGCCCAGAUCUCCAGAUUCUUCAAAUUCCUGCCUGUUUUCAGUAUACCAAUGUGGUUUUACUAGGGGUAAAUGUAUUUUUUUGUCUUAGACUUUCAAAUAUACUUUUAACCCCUUUUUCUUCCCAAUAUAUCAUUUUUUUUAUUUUAUUUUAUUAUAUAUAUAUAGAUGAUAAGAGUUUUGAUGUUGACACGAA